CUUUCGUACCAUUCUAUGAGGCAGGUCAACUCCCUACAACCAUACAAAAAGGACCAUCUCAUUCUCGACAUUAUUCUUUCUUGACUCAGCCCGAAUGUUUCUGUUUUAUCUAACACUCCUGAUCCUGGCCUACUCCGUGGAGCAGUCCUCGGCUCACGGUCCCGCCACUGCUCUGAGCUUUGGCAACGAUCUCCAGAGCUACAUGAUGCUGCAAAUGGACAUGGAACCGGUAAAGGAAGCCAUUUCGGUCUGUUCGUGGAUCAACAAGAAAACAGGUGAUGAUGUUCAUGAUGCCUGGUUCACGUACAAUGCACCUUCCAAGAUUGAUGAGAUCUUAAUUGGAGGCAGGAUAAGGGGUUAUGCUAUCAUGAACCAGGAUAAUAUAGAGAACAGCCAGGCCGUUCCUUCAAACGAAUGGCACCACGUCUGCAUAACAUGGGGGCAUAAGACUAAGACCAGGGUACUAUAUUUUGAUGGACAGGCAAUAGCACAGGAAGCAUCUGGUAACGUAAAACUGACCAUGGGAGGAUCAAUAGCUAUAGGACAGUUCCACCAGAAGGAGACAAUGGAAGCUAUAUUCUACGACGGACAUUCUUUCGGAGGUGAGCUCCUAAAGCUUAACGUCUACAAGAGGCAACUGGAAGCUGGGGAAGUAGGAAAGAUGUUCUCCGCAGGGAUGUGCUCCGAUUUCGAGGAAUCUCUACUUGGGGACGUAUUCUUGCGAUGGGAGACCAUACUCUACGCUACUGAGAGGCACGGAACGAUCACUGAAGUGCCGAUUACAUGCCCUGGAGAUCACUGGAAUGUGCUCUACUUCACAGACUUCUACAAUAAGGUUGUGGACGAUGAGAUUCUGAAGAGGAUGGAGGACCAAUUCGAAGUUCUUGAAGAAUUUUUCGGCCACAAAAUAGACGACCCUCUCAUCCAGCAUCUCAAAGAUCACCACUAGAGGGACAGUACAGCUAGAGGGGAAUAAUGUUUUGGAACUUUUUAUCUUUAGGCAACGGAGAUGAAUAGUUCCUUGACAUUGAAGCGUUGAAUAUCCAUUGUUUCUCGGGCAAAUAUUUGUGAAUUUUGAAAACUUUUAAUUUUAGUAUGAUUUUUAACAAAAGGUUUAAAACGGCAUAUUUUUGAGAAAUUUGAUGGAAAAUCCGCAAAAACUUACAUUGAAAAUAACAAA